AUGUCCGACUCUCCCCAAUCCAAUGCGAAGGAUGUUGAACAAGGUGCACCGUCGGGUGACGAGGAAGUACACAUGAACGACCCUCAAGACCCACACUCGACCGGGCUCGGCUAUGAGUUCGAGGUCAAGGAGCAAGAUCGGUGGUUGCCCAUAGCCAAUGUGGCCCGCAUUAUGAAGACGGCACUCCCAGAGAAUGCCAAAAUUGCCAAGGAAGCUAAGGAGUGCAUGCAAGAGUGUGUGAGCGAGUUCAUAUCGUUUAUCACCAGCGAAGCCUCUGAAAAGUGUCAGCAAGAAAAGAGGAAAACAGUUAACGGAGAAGACAUCCUCUUCGCCAUGAGCUCGCUUGGAUUCGAGAACUAUGGGGAGGCGCUUAAGAUCUAUCUCUCCAAGUACCGAGAACAAUCUCAAUCCAACCGGGGCGAUAACCAACAGAACCGACCGAGCAGCCAAGGCUACGGCGCGCCCGGCGGCUCGAAUCCCGCUGGUGGUUUCGGCGCCGGCCUUCCUGGGCAACAGGAGGGUGGUGAGGCGCAGGGAUACAAUCUUUAUGGGGCCCAACCCGGUCAUAAUGGCGCCGGGCCUGAAUACUAA